CAUAAACAUGGAAUGCCACUGUUGAUAACGAUACGUUAAUGCUGUCGUAGUUAACUGUACCAUAAACCAGGAAGUGCGAAAACGGAUUCAGAAAAUAUCAAAACAUCAAUAAACACUGAACCAUGACCAGACGCAAUGCAGUAAUCCUAAGAUGAGCGAUCCCCACCCGCUGUGUGUGUGGCUGGAAAGCAUAAAUCUGCCUCAGUACGUCCAAGUGUUCACCGACUAUGGGUGUGUAACCCGCAAGCAAUGUCUCAGUCUCGACAAAGAGACACUCGAGCAGAUCGGGGUGAUGUUGCCAGGGCACCAGAAGAGAAUUCUAAACCACCUUCCAUCUGUCGACUCCGAUACCUGGCCUUCAGACAAGAACAGUGUUGGGCCUCUUCUGCCCCCGAAAACCAAGUAUGCCAGGGACAACGAUGAUGAAUUUGAGACGUCUGGUGAGCAUUCAAAUUUUCCCGAGGUAAAUUCCACCUCUUCACCUCCACCCCAGGCUUCAGAGCCGUCCUUGUGCCCCAAACCUAAACCUCGUCCCAGCCUGCUUCCCAAGCCCAAGUCAGACCUGCAGUCUCCAUCUGAUGAAUCUCCCCGGCCAUUGACUAAACCCCGCCCUGCACCAAGGUCACGGGCAUCAUCGUAUGUGCCUGUGAAGGAGUCACCGAGCAAAGUUAGGGCAUCCUCAUAUGGUCCUCCCAAUGCCACAACUGAUACAUGCACGCUUGAAGAUAAUUUACCAGUCAAAGAAAAAGAGCUACCGUCCUGGACUUACGGAGAGGAUGAUAUUUAUUCAAACAGUAAUUUAGGCUCCGAUUUACAAGAAAGCUUUAACAAUGGUCUCGAGGCACUUAAAACAGAGAAACAUUCUUUAGAUUGGAAUGUGUAUUCACCAGAAAUAAAUAUUGUUCAAAGCCCGGAGACUACGGAGAAGAAAAUGUUAGCUCUUUCUCUUGAAGGUGCAUGUGUUGAUGAGUCAGCUGAUAGCAUGUCUAAAGAUCUGUACAUACAUCCUAAUAAGCGAAAGAACAAGGGAAAUGAUGAUGCGCAAACCUACGCAAAUGACAAUCUAUUUCAAGAUGGAAUGGAUUUAGAAAGUGAUGAAAUAUAUGUUAAUCUCGGAGAAGAAAAAUAUGAUGAAUAUAAAGUAAAAACUGUAAAAAAUAAACCUCAUACUUUGUCAGAGGAAACCAAAUUAACUUCUGUUGAUGAGUUUGACCCUUUGUCAGUUGGUUUCCAAACUGGAAGUGCAACCUUCAAAACUGGAAGCAAUUCACAUCAGAUGACUAGUGCUGGUUCACAUGUGAAAAGUACUCAUUCUAGUCCAAAAAUUUCUACUCAAGUGUCAUCAGACAGUGAUAUCUAUGAACCAAUAUGGAAGGAAAAGGGACACAACCCAAAUACAAAUGAACAUUAUAGACAGUCCAACUUAAUGCAGUUCUCUCCCUUCCCAGAAGAAUUUUCCGACACUCGCACCAAGACCCAUGACAGAACUUCCCUAUAUGACAACAGGAAUUCAACCUCAUUUGACAUGCCACCACCAAGUUUUGCUCCACCUCCUCUUCCAACUUCAACAGAAAGUUGUGAAAAUGAUGAGACCAUACACUCUGCACUGACCCAGCCACCUGUACCACCAAGACCACCCAACUACAAAGCUCCCAAAUUUCAACCUUACGCAAACGUUCAAUUUUACAACCUUAACGAGUCCUACACGCUCCCAGGUACUGACUGUAACAUGGAGCCCGAUAUUCCUUUGAACAGUCCACAAUACUUAGAAUGCUACUCAGACGCAAAUGUCUCCUGCGUAGCGGACGACCCAUUCUCCAACGAUGAUCCAUUCGGGGAAUUCAAACCAGACAUGGAUGAUGAUACCUUUCCAAAUCCGUGUUCAACCUCAGAUUCAACCCAUUUUGAAUUUGGUAAAACAUUAAAGGGCAAAAGUACAGCAAAGAAGUCAGACUUUAUGUACGAGAUGGCUAGCGCUAUUCAGGAGCCCUUUGACCCGUUUGGACUCCAUAAGCAGAAAGGUGGAUCUACUGUGGCCCGUUCAGGCUCCAGCGCCAGUAGCGGCAGCAAUCAUCGCCUCAGUCAGGUGGUGCCACCACCAUCUCUGGGUUUCACGUUUCCGAAGGACAGCUGGGAUAACCAACCUUCCUACAUGCUUGCCAAGCCUCUAGAGGAUGAUGACCACAGCAGUGUGGACAGCGUGGAUGACAUGCUGUCCCCGGGGGAAGUUGAGUCUGAGCAUGGGGAGCUCAUGUCCCCUGUGGAGAUCCUUCCCACCGCCCUCUCUCCGAGAAAAAGGGAAAGAAGCGGAUAUUUAUACAAACAGGGAGGGGUCCAGCGUAACAGAGGUUGGCAGAAACGUUGGGUGAUCUUUGAUGGGAAGACUUUGAGAUAUUUCUCAAGUGCAAAAGACCAGGUUUCUAAGAGAAUUGUACCUCUUUCGUGUAUGAAGAAUGUGGAAAUUGAUGUCAGGGCUGGACAAACAACUUCUGCUAGGAUAUUGAGUGGUGAAAUCUUCGAAAGCCAUAUUCGUAAAAGUCUAGUUAAUGGAAAGAAACCAAGCAAUGCCCGGCAGUACAAGUUCAGACUCCAAUGUACCAACAGAACCUUCCUGUUUGCUACUGACAAUCUGGAUGACUGCAAGAUGUGGUCCAGUACCCUUAUGGAAUCCAUUCUAGCCAAUGACAGAGCUCCAGAUAAGAACAAAGGAAAUAAUGUAGUGGAAAAGGGUGGAGAAAUGGCAAAUCCAGACAUAGAGGGUUGGAUGAAAAUCAAUCGUAACCGCUACAAGUUCUACGUGGCCUUGAAGGAACACAGACUGUGCUACUACCAGAGCAAGGAUGAUUUCAACAUGGCCUCCCCACUGCACGAGAUCCAAAUGGGCUUAUCGAGUGUGAAGGAGAUUGACCGCACGCGACUACAGCUCAACACACACUAUGGCCACUUCAGUUUGCACUUUGAGACAUCGUCCGAAGCCUCCAAUUGGAAAAUGGCGAUUGAGGAGGCCAUAACAGACGCUCUUGGUGAUAACACGAUUCUAGAUCAAGUCAUUGAAAAUCCUGUCAACAAAAAAUGUGCUGAUUGUGGCAUGGAAGGUGCACACUGGGCCUCCAUGAACCUUGGCCUGGUUCUGUGCAUGCACUGCGCGGGUAUACACAGAGGCUUUGACUACCGACUGUCCAAGGUGCGAUCCCUCCGCAUGGACACAAAAGUCUGGAACUCCAGUCUGAUUGAGAUGUUUAAAGUGAUCGGCAAUGAGAACGGGAACCAGUUUUGGUUACACAACCUGCCGCCAGGCGCCGGUAUAACCUCCGUGAGUACCAUCGACCAGCGCAAACAGUUCAUACAUGAGAAGUAUAAGGACAAAAAAUACUGCAACCUGCAUCAUCUAGCUGGGGAUAAACAAAAACUCAAUGAGGAACUGUUAGCCACCUCUAUAACGGAUGAUAUUCUGUUAACGUACCAGGUGCUACUGUCCGGAGCAGAGGUGCUUUAUAGCAGUCCAGACCAGCCAAAUUACACUGCGUAUGAUAGAGCCAAGGAUGCCCACCAGAGGAUUCAGAUGGAGUUCCUGCUACAAAAUGGAGGAGAUAGGACUCGGAACUUUGUUGCAGGCUCAAACGAAGAAGCGGCCCUAAAUGCCCGACUGAGAGCGGAGGUGCAGAAACAGGGCUUCCUCAUGAAGACGGGAUCCAAUAAGAAAGACUUCUUAAAGAGGCACUGUGUACUUGAACAUGGCCACUUGAGUUACUAUGUCAGUGAAGCUAGCAAGGUGGAGAAGGAUCGCAUCGACAACGAGUCAAUCCUGUGUGUACAGAGCAUACCUCAUGACAAACAAGUGGGUUGUUUUGAGAUCAGCACCAACAAGGAGAACAACAGGGUGUACUUGUUUGCUGCCUCCUCCGAUGAAGAGCGAUUGGGCUGGAUGCAAAGUAUAGCACAGGUUUGCUGUCCCGUGAAGUUGAUGGACUCUAUGAGGACCAAGAGCUUUUCCCUGGCUGGAUACACCCACCUAAAGACUGCCCUUAAUGUGGAUUGGCAAAGGACAUGGUUUGUGUUGGAAGGCAGGAAAUUGCUGUUUGUUGAUGAGGGUGAACCUGAACGAAGUGUAGAUGUGAUAGAUCUACGUCGGGUCACUAGCAUCACUAAGAUAACACAAGGUAUUGACUCGUGCAAGACGUGUCUAGAGACUGGUUUCCAGUUCCUGAUGAAGGUGCGCCAGGAGACAGAGAGAAUGCUGUACUUCCAGGCAGACCUUGUGAGGGACACGGGGCGUAUGUUUGGGGAAUUGGAACACGCUGUCAAGUAUGGGGGUGACACUAUAGAGGACCAGGUGUUGACGGUAGAAGAGAUUCCUGUCAUCGUGGAGACCUGUGUGACAUUCAUUGCUCAAUUUGGAAUGAAAGUUGAAGGAAUUUACCGGAAGGCAGACCAAGAGUCAAAGAUCAAUAAUCUGCUACAGAAAUUUAGAGAGGAUGCCCGUUCAGUGGUUUUGCGACUAGACGAGGUAACAGUGUACAUGGUCAGUAACACUCUGAAGAGAUUUUUUCGUAUGCUGAGAGAGCCAGUGUUCACCAGCGAUCUCUACAAGCGAUGGUGUCAGACAGCCAAUGAGACUGACCACAAUACAAAGCUUCAGUGGUACAAGUAUCUCCUGCAGCAACUGCCUAGGAUUAACUACCUCACAAUCAAAUACUUUGUCAUUCACCUGUACAAAGUGUCGCUUUCCGACAAGGAGAAUGCCAUGACGAUAGCUAACUUGGCCACUGUAACCAGCUCCAUGAUGGUUUCCGACAGCGUUACUGAUCCGACUAACCCUCCUCGUUUCCCCCACCUGCAGAUCCAGGUGAUGACAGACAUCAUCACUUAUCAUGAAUGGCUCUUUGAGCUCGACAACAAAGAAGAGAAAGACCCUGAUGGUAUUGCAAGAAAAAGACUUGAAGCUCUAAUGAAAAACAAUCGAACAACCGACGAUAUACUUGUUCCUAUUCAGUACCUGUCAAACAUGGGCAAGAUUGAGAUGGUAAAGUCCACUCUCGUUAUCUCGAAGUCGGCGGGAAUAAGAAAAAAUAUCAAGAUAACGAGAGUUCGAGAUAUCCGAUUUGGCGUUUUGAAAGAAAAAAUCACCAAGGACACCACAGCUGAUACAGUUGUGAGGAUUCUACGCCAGACCCUGAAUUUGAAGGAGGGUAGCUGGGCACUACACGAGAUUGUUAAGGACCAAUUAGAGCGAUUUCUACCGGAUAAGACCAAGUUAUGGCCCCAGGUGCACCAAUGGCAGACAUGGGUGGAUGACUACACUUCCUCAGCCCGUCUUUGUUUGUGUCCAGCCUCCCAACUCAAACAAAAACUACAGCAGGCAUAUGACCCCAGAAGAACCCUGGUAGCUGAGCUGUACUAUGCCCCAGCCACCUCGAGUAAGAAGAUAUUGCAGAAAAGUCACUCCAAGGUCAUGGUGGAGUUCAAACAGGCGGUGUUGUCAUACAGCAAGAAUGCAUCGAAGGUAGAAUGCAGUUGGAACAUAGAGAAUCUUGUCAUCUAUAAUGGAUGUGAUCCCAAGAAGAAGCCACCCAAGGAAUGGGAGCAUUGCUUCUCCUUCUAUGUCAAUGAUGGUCACAAGAUGGCUGAGAAGGACUUGUUUGGUCACACAGUUUUCUUCACCAGUGAGAAGGAGAAACUUAUGUGGAUGGCAGCAUUGCUCAAUUCUCAGUCACCUCUUGGGGCAGGAUGCUAGCUGUAUGCACAUGUUUUUAUGGGCUAGUGCAAUGUUGCCGAACUUGCCGUCACAACGGAACAAUCUGUGGAAUGAUCACUGAUUAUGUUAUCCUCAGUAAUACUGUGGAGACAAGAACCUUAAAGAAUGGCCUGGCUGGAGGUGGAAGAACAGCUAUCAAGAAACCAAAAACUUGUUAAAGAUUUUAAUAAUAUUUACUAGACUGAUAUGGAACAUUUUAAUAUUUUAUUAUUCAUAUUAAAGUGAAACAAAGAUAUGUGUUAUAUACCAACUUUGGAAAUGUUGCCACAAGAAGAAUCUGAAUUGGAUGAUUCAUCUGUCUUAUUUAAAUCAUUAAAGACAAAAACACAUUUUCAGAUUCAAAAUUAUUAGCUGGGUCUAUGGACCCUUUCUUUCUCCUGAAAGGAUCAACUCAGAGGACUGGCAGUUACUCGACAGCUAGGGCCUAAUUCGCCAAGGAAUUUUCCUGGCCAUGAAAAAAACCCUUAGAACUAGAUAGAACAAAGAGUCUUACAGAACAAAUCAUCAGAAAGAAAAUGAACUCAGAAAGUGGUUUUUGGUUGAUUGAAGCUGAGGUUGUGUAUUGGUCAAGUGAACCAGACAUUUUUUAUUAGGGAAGAUAUGUUACUGAGCAACAUAUGUGUUACCAACAUGAAUGUGAUUGUGUUGCAGUCUGGACAAGUGUUUAACCCUUUCAGUGCGGGAACCGAAUUUUAAAGGCCUUUGCAAACAGUUUGGAUCCAGAUGAGACGCCACAGAACCAGGAUCUAAACUGUUUGCUAUUAUGAUAGUAUUCUUUGAAAAAAAUCAAAGAAAAUGCGAAUUUUAUAAAUUCAGCAGACGACAUGUAAGCAGACGACAAAUUUCCCAGCAUGCAAAGGGUUAAGUGUCCUUAAAUGCCUGUGUUUACCAAUUGUAAGUUUAUAUUUGUAAUGGUAAUUAAAUUCACAUGGCUGCAUAUCUAAUUGGAUUAACUUUACAACCUUGGAGAAACAACAAAAAGGCCUUGCUAUAAAUUUAUCUGUGGAAUAUUAUUGAUAGAGAAUCGCUCAUGCAAUAUGAGCAUGUUGAAAGUGUGUCACAUAUAGGCAUUUGUGAUAUUUUUAAUCUUUGUCAACAUAUUAAUUGUUGUAUGUCAUUUGUAUUUUUUUAAUCAAUGCAUAUUUAUAUAACUGUUCAUUCAGCAAUAUAUGUACAGUAAAAAAUCGCUGCAGUAUGGACUUUUAUAUUAUGUUAUUUUACUUGUAAAUUGAUUAUUAUCGCCUUAAAAAAUCAUUAAAAUCAUAUUUUGUUAUAUAUGUCUCCAAACUUAGGCUUAGCUUAAUUAUAAUGAUUCAUUUAUGUGAAUACAGAUUUGUAUACUGUACAGUCAGUGUUGAGUGGGGUGGGUGUUUUGAGUGUGGUUGGUGCUUAACAAAGGUAGAGACAUCAUUAUCUAACUUUUUGUCCUGAACAAAUUAUAUUUUUACAUUGAAAUAUGCUUGAACAACAAUUGCAGUAUUUCAUAAAAAAAAAGAAAUAUAUUUUUAUGAAAUACCUAUUUUUAUGUCCAAUUUACAUUCCUGUUUCUUGUUGCAUGCGUAUAAUGUUUAUGUGUGUUGAAACUGCAGUCAGUUCUUUAUUCCAAGUAAGUUUAAGAGAACUAUUAAUGUCCAUAAAAGUAUUGGGCUGAGGGUUGCUGUAUUGUUGCAUAAUGCUGCCCAAUGGUGUUUGCAAUAUUGCAGCAGCUAGAUGUGAUAUCAAGGGCAAUAUUGCAGCAGCUAGAUGUGAUAUCAAGGGCAAUAUUGCAGCAGCUAGAUGUGAUAUCAAGGGCAUUUCAGCAGGCAUCAUACUUCUUGUAAAGAUCACUUGUAAACAAUUACUGUGAUGUAUGCUUCUUGAAAUUCAUUUCGUAUCCUAUAUCCUGUCAACUUUCCAUAGAAAGAAUUUGUAUGUACAAAAGAAUUGGUUGGUUUAACAACUCUUAAUGUGGAGCACAAAUGUAUCGAAAUUAAAAAGGUUAACUGUAAAUAAUGUGAUACCCAAAUGCAAUACUUGGUAACAUGUAAAUCCUGUGGUAUAUGAAUACAAUUAUAGGUUAACUGUAAAUCAUGUGAUACCCAAAUACAAUACUUGGUAACAUGUAAAUCCUGUGGUAUAUGAAUACAAUUAUAGGUUAACUGUAAAUUGUGUGAUACCCAAAUGCAACACUUGGUUACAUGUAAAUCAUGUGGUAGAUGAAUACAAUUAUAGGUUAACUGUAAAUCAUGUGUGAUACCCAAAUGCAAUACUUGAUUACAUGUAAAUCCUGUGGUACAUGAAUGCAAUUAUAGGUUAACUGUAAAUCAUGUGAUACUCAAAUGCAAUUAUUGGUUGACUACAAAUCAUGUGGUACCCAUAUGCAAAUAACUAUUAAUCACAUUGCACCCAAAUACAUGGGCUGGUUGAAGUGCGGGUUAACUAUUAAUCACAUGGCACCCAAAUAAAGGGUUGGUUGAAGUGCAGGUCAACUUUUCAUCACAUGGCUCCCAAAUACAUGGGUUGGUUGAAGAGCAUGUUAUUUUUCAUAAGAUUGAAACAGUUGAUAUGUAAUAAAUGCUUUCCAUUUGUGCAAUAUCGAUAGUGUUCCUUUAAUGUCAUUCUAUUUCGCAUGUACACUUAUUGGAAGUAAUUUGGUGUGAUUUUACUUUUACAGUUUUUGUUGACUGCCCAAUAGUGUGUGGAGGUGUUGAAAAUAAUUCAAUAACGUUUGCUGUAGAGUGUUGUAAAAUUGAUUUUAACAAGCAAAUUCGUUGAAUUGAUAUCCCCGCCAAUAUGCUUCUGGACAAAAAGUGUUAUAUUUGACACUCAAAAAAGCAUUUUUUCAAGAUACAAAGGGCUAUUACUCCGUUAUUAAAAGAUGAUGUACAAUGCCAUUUGGCGUGCAUCAUCCUCUUAUCCAUAUAUAUACUCAUACCAAGUUUCAAUGAAAUCCGUCAAAGCACUUCCAAGAUAUGGCACCGGACGGACGGAAAGACGGACGGACGGACAGACAAAGCCAAAACAAUAUCCCUCCGCCAAUGGCACGGGAUAAUUAUGAAUGCAAUUAGCAAUAUAUACAUUUGUACAAUUUAAUACUUUGAUAGAAUAUAUUUAAUACUCUAAGUAUAUCUAUGUACAUUCCAUUCAAAGCAUGACACAGAAGAACAAGAAAACUGUUGAUUGAAAGCUUCAUUUAUGGUUUUAUUUUGUUGCUCAUUCUUGUAACAAAUCUAGACAUUCUUAUCAAUGUCAUUUUAAUAACAUAUCAGAUUCCUUUAAAUAUGCAUCAAGGCAAUGUAUUUCAUCAAAUAUAAACUCUUAUCUUGUGAUACCAAUGGAUUAUUUCAAGGUUAGAUUGAGAUGUUUCCAAAUAUUUGAAGUAUAGAGAUCUGUAUUGUUACUGUUGUUGUUACCAAUAGAACAUUUUGAAACAUAUGGAAGUAGAUAUAAUCCAGGUGUAAAAAGGAAUCUUGUUAAAAAUCAUAGUUCUAUAUUUAUAGAUUUUUAGCGCACCUGAUUGCUCAGUUGAGCUUUUGUGACAGGUCUUUGUCCGUCGUAUGUCCGUCCGUCCGUCCUUUAACAUUUGCUCGUAAACACUCUAGAGGCCACAUUUCUUGUCCCAUCUUCAUGAAACUUGGUCAGAAGCUUUGUCUCAAUGAAAUCUCGGCCGAGUUCGAAAUUGGGCUGUGCCGGGUCAAAAACUAGGUCACUAGGUCAAAAAAAAGAAAAACCUUGCAAACACUGUAGAAGUCACAUUUCAUGCCCAAUCUUCAUUUAACUUUGUCAAAAUGUUUGUCUUAAUGAUAUCUUGGUUGAGUUUAAAAGUGGUUCUGAUCCGAUGAAAAACAUGGCCACCAGUGGGUGGGGCAGUUUUCCUUAUUUUGCUUCAGAGAAACCUUGUAAACACUAGAAGUCACAAGUUUUGCCCAAUCAUCAUGAAAGUAGGUCAAAAAAUUGUUUCAAUUGAUGUCUCGGACGAGAUUAGAUUUUACUCUAUAUGUACAUAGUGGCAGUUUUCCCUAUUUGGCUAUAGAGAAACCUUGUAAACACUCUAGAAGUCACAAUUUUUGCCCAAUCAUCAUGAAAAUUGGUCAAAACAUUGUUUGUUUUUAUAUCUCGGACGAGUUUGAAAAUGGUCGGGAUCGGUGAAAAAACAUGGCCACCAGUGGGAGGGGCAUUUUUCUCUAUAUGUAUAUAGUGAAAACAUGUGAACACAGUAGAUGUCACAUUUUUGGCCCAAUUUUCAUAAAAUUUGCUCAGAACAUUUGUUUCCUUGAUACAAGAGUUGAGUUCAAAAAUGGUUCUGGUCAGUUGAAUAACAUGGCUGCUGGGAGGGGGGCAGUUUUCUCAUAAUGCCCCCCCCCCCCCCCUUUUCGAAGAAGAGGGGGUAUAUUGUUUUGCUCAUGUUGGUCCGUCCGUCCAUUAGAUUGUUUCCAUAUGAUAACUCAAGAGCGCUUAUACCAAGGAUCAUGAAACUUUAAAGGUACAUUGAUCAUGACUCACAGAUGGCCCCUAUUGAUUUUCAGGUCACUAGGUGAAAGGUCAAGGUCACGAUGACCCGAAAUAGUUAAAUGGUUUCCGGAUGAUAACUCAAGAACAGUUAUGCCUAGGAUCGUGAAACUUCAUAGAUACAUUUAUCAUGACUCGCAGAUGACCCCUAUUGAUUUUCAGGUCACUAGGUUAAAGGUCAAGGUCACGGUGACCCAAAGCAGUAAAAUGGUUUCCGGAUGAUAACUCAAGAACACUUAUGCCUAGGUUCAUGAAACUUCAUAGAUACAUUGAAAAUGACUUGCAGAUAACCCAUAUUGAUUUUCAGGUCACUAGGUCAAAGGUCAAGAUGACCCGAAAUAGUAAAAUGGUUUCUGGAUGAUAACUCAAAUAUGCUUAGGCCUAGGAUCAUGAAACUUCAUAGGUACAUUGAUCAUAACUAGUAGAUGACCCCUAUUGAUUUUCAGGUCACUAGGUCAAAGGUCAAGGUCACGAUGACCCCAAAUAGUAAAAUGGUUUCCGGAUGAUAACUCAAGAACGCUUAGGCCUAGGACCAUGAAACUUCAUAGGUACAUUGAUCAUGACUCGAAGAUGACCCCUAUUGAUUUUCAGGUCACUAGGUCAAAGUUUAAGGUCACGGUGACCUGAAAUAGUAAAAUGGUUUCUGGAUGAUAACUCAAGAACGCUUAUGCCUAGGAUCAUGAAACUUCAUAGGUACAAUGAUCAUGACUCGCAGAUGACCCCUAAUGAUUUUCAGGUCACUAGGUCAAAGGUCAAGGUCACGGUGACCUGAAAUAGUAAAAUGGUUUCUGGAUGAUAACUCAAGAACGCUUAUGCCUAGGUUCAUGAAACUAAAUAGGUAUAUUGAUCAUGACUCACAGAUGACCCCUAUUGAUUAUCAGGUCACUAGGUCAAAGGUCAAGGUCACAGUGCCAAAAAACGUAUUCACACAAUGGCUGUCAAGCCCACAGUGACUCAACUUAGAAAAAUGGUUUCCGGAUGAUAACUCAAGGAUCAUGAAACUUCAUAGGUACAUUGAUCAUGACUCGCAGAUGAAAUCAUGAUGAAACUUGACCAGGAUGUUUGUCUGGACAAUAUCUUGGUCAAGUUUGACAUUUGGUAAAGAUUGAAUGAACCGACUCCUCUCAGGUGAGAGAACUAGGGCCAUGUUAGCCCUCUUGUUUUAAAAGACAAAACCGUUAACGUUUUAUAAAGAUACAUUAGUAUAUAGAGAAUACAAGGUCGGUGCGGAAUAAAGCGACGUUUAUUUUUUUCUCGGCUCGAAAAUCUGAACGCGCUCUUAAUAUUUGUAAAAAUGUUGUUUUGCUUUUUGUGUUGCACUUUGUGUUAAAAAUAUAUUACAUCAUGGUAGGAAAUUGUUUGUUUUGUUGAAUUGGAUUCGAUUUUACUAAAAUGAUUACUUUAUAGUUGAUUCUGAGUAAUAUGACUUUAAGAGUCCGCUGCGCGUGACAGCUAUAUUUCAGCAUUGCCGAAAUAAAGGAAAAUAUAUUCCACAGUGGUUGAUUUGGACAAUGCCCGUCUGAUGAUGGGAUACAAAUGUUUUUUCUGGUAUACAAAGUGAAAGAAAUUUGGUUUAAAAAGGUGUUGUUUUUUUACCCAGGUUAUUUUAUGAUGUCAUUAUGUGGUUAGAUAUCUGUAUGUUUUACCUUAUCAAGAAUCCUUUGACAUUUUGUUCAACUGCAAAACCUGUGGUAAUUACCUUAUUAUUUUUUUAUUUUUUGAGAACGGUGGGGCUACUUGUUGUCAUAACAAUGUAAAAAAUAGGAGGAAAAACAGCCUUAUGUUCAGCUAUCAUUAUAGAAAAAUAUACAUUAUUGUGAAAGUGAAUAUAAAUGAUGCCCAUAAGUCUCUUUAAAGUCAUCUCCAUUUAGACACAUCUGUUUGCUCUAUGGUAAGAAUAGCUGUGAGAACAAAAUUAAGGUUCAUUAAUGCCAUAAGGUGUGGUUUUAAUGAGAUCAGGUCACCAUAUAAAGACGUUUUGAAGAGUUAAAAACCUUCAUCAUAUAAAGAUCUAAAAGCAAUAAACAGUUAUUUGUGUAAACAAUAAAUAAUGACCGUCUUAUAUUUCCAUGCCUUCAUAAUGCCAACAAACGUAUAAAACUAUUGUCAAUUGUGGAUCACUGUUUUCAUUCACAGAAAUGUUAAAAAUAACUAUACAUAGCAACAAGUUUUUGUUUAAAUAUUGUUUUAUUGAACAAAUUAGGAGCCUAUAUGAUUGACGCUGGCGGUGAGUGUAUUUAUAUGUAAAUAUGUUGAUCUUUGUUUAAUAGAGCAUUAAGCCUUCCUUAAUAAGAUUCUCUUUCUUUGCAUUUAAAUUAUUCCAUUUUCCAUGGUGAGCUUUUGUGAUCGCCUUUCGUCCGUUGUCCAUUGUCCGUCGUGCAACGUCAACAUUUGCCUUGUUCACUCUCUAGAGGCCACAUUUAUUGUCCAAUCUUCAUGAAAUUUGGUCAGAAGAUUGGUUUUAAUGAUAUCUUGGAUGAGUUCGAAAAUGGUAACAUUUGCUUGAAAAACAUGGCUGCCAAGGGGCGGGGCAUUUUUCCUUAUAUGGCUAUAUAUGGCUAUAGUAAAAUCUUGUAAACAAUCUAGAGAACCCAUUUAUUGUCUGAUCUUCAUGAAACUUGGUCAGAAGAUUCAUCCCAAUAAUAUCUUGGACGAGUUCGAAAAUGAUGCCGGUUGGUUGAAAAACACGGCUGCCAGGGGACGGGGCAUUUUUUUUUUUAUAUGGCUUUAGUAAAACCUUGUUAACACUCUAGAGGCCACAUUUAUUGUCCAAUCUUAAUGAGACUUUGUCAGAAGAAUUAUCCCAAUAAUAUCUUGGACGAGUUCAAAAUGAUGCCAGUUGGUUGAAAAACAUGGCCGCCAGGGGGUGGGGCAUUUUUCGUUAUAUGGCUAAAGUAAAACCUUGUGAACACUAGAGGCCACAUUUAUUGUCCAAUCUUCAUGAAAUUUGGUCAGAAGAUUUGUCUUAAUGAUAUCUUGGAUGAUUUGGAAAAUGGUUACGUUUGCUUGAAUAACAUGGCAGCCAAGGGGCAGAGCAUUUUUCCUAAUAUGGCAAUAUAAGGCUAUAGUAAAAUCUUGUUAAAACUCUAGAGGCCACAUUUAAAGUCCGAUCUUCAUGAAACUCGGUCAGAUGAUUCAUCCCAAUAAUAUCUUGGACGAGUCUAAAAAUUAAAGGUUGGUUGAAAAACAUGGCCACCACAGGGGCAGGGCUAUUUUCCUUAUAUGGCUAUAGUAAAACCUUGUUAACACUCUAGAGGUCACAUUUAUUUUCCGAUCAUCAUGAAACUUGGUCAGUAGAUUUGUCCCAAUGAUAUCUUGGAUGAGUUUGAAAAUGGUUUUGGUUGCUUUAAAAACAUGGCCACCAGGGGCGGGGCAUUUUUCCUUAUAUGGCUAUAUAUGGCUAUAGUAAAACCUUGUAAACACUCUAUAGAGGCCACAUUUAUUGUCCAAUCUUCAUGAAAUUUGGUUAGAAGAUUGGUCUCAAUGAUAUCUUGGAUGAGUUCGAAAAUAAUUAUGUUUGCUUAAAAAAAAAUGGCUUCCAAGGGGCGGGGCAUUUUUUCUUAUAUGGCUAUAGUAAAAUCUUGUUAACACUCUAGAGGCCACAUUUACUGUCGGAUCUUCAUGAAACUUGGUCAGAAGAUUUAUCCCGAUAAUAUCUUGGAUGAGUUCAAAAAUGAUGCUGGUUGGUUGAAAAACAUGGCUGCCAGGGGGCGGGGCAUUUUUCCUUAUAUGGCUUUAGUAAAACCUUGUUAACACUCCAGAGGCCACAUUUAUUUUCCGAUCUUCGUGAAACUUGGUCAGAAGAUUUGUCCCAAUAAUAUCUUGUUAUCUCAGGUGAGCGACUUUGGGCCUUUCAGGCCAUCUUGUUUAAAAUAAUUCUUAUGCACGUUAAAAGUUACUUGGCAAAUGUUCAGUUUUAGGAAUGUUCUUUUUUUUGUUGACAUUUUGAAAUGAACCCAAUUACAAUUAUUUCUCAAUAUGGUGAAUCGCAAUAGUGCUUUCAUUGUGAAGCAUCUUUACACUUGCUUAUGUCUUUGUAUCUUAUUGUAUUUUUUAUGUAAUUUUUAUGAACAACGACAACAUGUUUUAACUCUUUUUAGCUCACCUAAGCAGGAAGUGCUCAUGGUGAGCUAGUGUUGUCAUGUUAUGCCCCAUGUGUGUCGUAAAUUUUAAACUCUGGUCUGGCAUCAUGUGUAGUCAACUUAAAAAAACUAUGGCAUUAUGGGCUAUGUGUUUGAUCCAAUCUAGAAUAAAUUGGUCAAAACUUUUAUCUUGACAAAAUCUAGACCAAGUCCAAGUCUAGGUAAUGCAUGACCAAAAACUAGGUUGACAUGUCAAAUCAUAGAAAAAGCUAAUUGCCAUUUUUCACUCAAUCUUUAUAAUACUUGGUCAGAAUGUUUAUCUUGACAGUAUACCCUGGCUUAGUUUAUAACUUAGUCACAUGUGUAAAAAAAGGUCAUUAAGUCAAAUAUUUUUUUUUAUCACUCUUAAGUGGCUACAUUUGUGAGUCAAUCUAAAUGAAACUUGGUCAGAAAUCUAAACAGACUUCCAAUCUGAGUCGCAUGCUUCAAACAAGAAGGUGACGAGGUUAAAUCUUAGUAAAACUUCUUACCACUCUAGCGGCCACAUUUAUGACUCAAUCUCUAUGAAACUUGGUUCCGAAUCUCUAUCUUGAUAAUAUCUAGGCAUAUUUGGAAUCUUGGUCUUGUGCAUUCAAAAACUAGGUCACAAGGUCAAACCUGAGAAAAAACUUAAUACCAUUCUAGAGGCAACAUUUAUAACUCAUCUUGAUGAAACUUGAUCAGAAAGUUAAUCUUAACAAUAUCAAGAGUUUGAAUCAGAGUAAGAUGCAUCUAAAAACUAGGCCAUAAGGUAAAAUGUACAUUGUAAACCUAUUGAAGCCUUUUUUAUGACUCAACCUUGAUGAAACUUGAUCUGAACAUUUAUCUUGACAAUAUUUAGACCAAAAUUGAAUAUUUGCCACAAGUUUCCCAAAAUCAGGAUCACUAUAUGAAGACUUGAAAACCCAUAUUACCUCUCUAGAAGCGACAUUUGUUACUCAAUCUUGAACAAAUAUGGUCAUGAUUUUAAUCUUGACGAUAUCAAGUCAAUGUUUGCAUCUGAGUGAAGUGGGAUUCAAAACUGGGUCACCGGGUCAAGUCUUUACCCUUGAUAUACCUUGAAUUUAGGUGAGCACGUAAGGGCCAUCAUUUCCCUUGUGGUCAUUAUCUUUUUUUGUUCAUAAACGCAUGCACAUACAACUUUUCCUCAUUGUUAUAUAUCUACUAUGUACAUUUAUCUUUAUACUUGUGAUAUAUGUAUUUAUACAUAUGGGUUUAUCUAUGCAUUGCUUGGUUAUGAUCAAUGAAUCAGUAUGUCAGAGGUCUACGAUCUUCAGCAAUUAAAGCAUAAAUAUGU